AUGUCAUCAUCAGCUGCUGCCACCGCUGCCAUGAUCAUCGAUUCAAUGUCAACAUCGUCAUCGGCCGCAGCCUCCUACUCCGCCGCCGAGGAAUCAAUAAUGUCAUCAUCGGCAGCAGAGAUAUCCACCGCUUCACAACAACAGCAGCAUCAUCAUCAUCAAGACAACAGUAUCCUUGAUAACAUUAGUCAGAAUGAUCAACAAUCCGUCGACCAAUACAUGGUGUACUCUGAGAAGUUGGCCAAGAGCAACAGUGGAGAUAGGAGAUAUAUCUUCAUUGGAAACAUUCCACAUACUAUUACCACUGAGCAAUUCUAUCCAUUGAUCGCAAAGUAUAACCCAAUAAGCUUUAGGAUCAAAUCAAACGAGGUCGGACACUCACUAGGCUAUGGCUUUGCUGGUUUCAAGACUGAGAAUGAAGCAUUGACUGCAAAGACUUCAUUGCACCUUUCGAAAUGUCUUCACCAUGAGCUAAAGGUCUACUGGGCGAUACCAAUAUCCACAUUGUACGUGUCAAAUGUUGACACCAAGCUGGACCAGAAGGAGUUCCUCGCCUUCUUUAGCACGUACGGACCACUCGAUUACAAGGAGUGUGUCUUUAUCAACAACUACGCAUUCGUCAAGUUCCAAUUUCGAGCUGAUGCCGAGAGCGCCCUAAUCAACCUCCAUGGUGUCUACGUAGGAGAGAAGCCUGUGAAGAUCAAGUGGAGCGACUCUUGUGAUCAGCGAUCAAGUAUUCACAUCACAUUUAAUCCUUUAUUGGCCAAGCCAGGAUUACAUAAGCAAAUCUUUAGCAAGUGCAAAGAGUUUGGAAAGAUUAAUCAUUACAACAUACCAAGAAGAGAGAAUGGAGACUACGAAGGCUUUGGAUUCGUUCACUUUAAGGACUCUCAGAGAGGUGAGGUCGCCACUGAGGAGGCCAUCAAGUUCUUCAACGAGAAUGAUGUCAAUGGUGUUAGGAUCAGUUGUUCAUUCUCCAAGAAGAAGGUAGCCACCUCAAAGAAGUCUCCAAAGUAUCAGAACUGGUCAUACAAGAGCAACAACAACGUCAGUGCUGGUGCCAGUGGUGGUAGUGUUGGCAAUACUCAACCUGUUGCCACGCCAAGCAAUAGGAAGUCUCCAGUGUUGGAGAUUGAUCAACCAUUCACUGCCAAUGUCAAUGCACCAUCAUUGCACAACAACAACGUCAACAACAACGUAAACAUCAACAACAACGUCAACAGGACAAACAACAACAAACAACUACCAACACAACUAUCAAUGCCACCUCAGUUCCACCAACACCACCAACUACAACAACAACAACAAAACAAUUAUCACCAAAACCAUAUUCUCCAACAACAACUAAUAAUCCAACAACAACAACAACAUCAAUCACAGACGCCAUUCCAGAACAAGCUAAGACACACCAGUAGCAUGGGCCUGUCAAACAGCACUGGCAACAUUCAGUCUACCUUGCCAAAGCCACCACAAUUGACCAGCACCGGUAACAACAUUGGCACUGGCUUCACAAGGAGACAACAACCUACAUCAUCAAACGCACUACGCAACUCAAGCAGCACCAGUAGCAUUGACCUGUACACCAACAACAACAACCACCAGUUCUCCAACGAUCUGGUGUUACCAUCGUCAUCACAUUUUCAACCAAUUUCACCCGUUGCGGCCUCAACCUCAUUGGAAAGCAGCGUUACUCAAUCCCCAUUCCAGGGACUGACCUUCUCUCCCACCAUUUUCUCCAAUCAGACAACAACGACAACUUCACCAGCCCAAUCGCCAAGAUAUCACCAACAGCAACAACAACAGCAACCAAACUAUGCACAAAACCUUCCUUCAGUCUUUUCAUCACAACAACAGCAACAACAUUUGCUCUUGACACAGCCCCAACGCAUAACGCAAUCACCAAUUGGCUCAUCUCGAUUUGGACUUAAUUCCAACUCCAUUGUACACUCAAUGGAGGAAUCUUCAUUCUAUGGUGUUCCAAGUGUUCGCGCUCUUGGAAACAGUGGCAACAACAACGUUAGCAGACAUCCCUCACAACAACAACCAUUGAAUGGUUCAUCAGUGGGUGAUGCACUCUCUGAUUCCUUCCACGGCCUCUCGUUGAACUACAUCAGCAGACCACACUCUUUGUUGGACUCUGACCACCAACUCCCAAAGCAAUCUCCACUACUCCAGCAACAACAACAGCAACAACAACAGCAACAACAGCAACAACAUGCUUGGAGACAGAUGGAGUUGUUCCAAGGCAUCAACAUUAUCAAUGAUCUCAACUCGACACCAGAGUCACAAUCAAUCUUUUCAUUUGAUCAUCGCGGAUAG